GCUUUCAAUAUUUUACGGACGUUGUUAUGUAGAUGGAAGCACAGUUGUUGUGUUGUUGCUAGGAGCUGCAAGUGUUGUUGUGCAUAUCUGGUGGGGGUAUAAUUCAAUUCAAAUGAUGUUGGACUCGAUACACUGCGAAGUGCUGAGAAAUUUCAAACGAAAAUUGAUGAUGGGUCGAGUGUCGGGCAAAGGAUUUCCGGCCGGAUUGGGACUCGGUUUCGUCUUGGGACUCUUGGUGUCGACGUUGAUUCAUUUUUCAUUGUCGCUUUCAUCACCUUCUUGUCAUUGCAAUCAAAAGAGACAAUUAUUCCAUCAAAGUUCCGUAACGGAUAAAUCCAGCGGAGUAUUGAAUCAGAAUCGGAUCCUUUGCUGGAUCGUCACCUCGCCCAAAACUCAUUCCAGGGCUCAAUUAAUCAAAGAAACGUGGGGCAAACGCUGCGAUCGAUUACUUUUCAUGAGUUCCGCUCAAGACGAAAGAUUACCUGAUGCCAUUAUUCUGCCAGUCAACGACACUUACACCAAUUUAUGGGGGAAGACACAGGAAGCUCUGAAAUACAUUUACACUCACCAUUUAAACGAAGCCGAGUGGUUCUACAAGGCCGAUGACGACACAUACGCUGUGAUGGAUAACAUGCGCCAUUUGCUGUCGUCAUUCGAUCCUUUGGCAGCUCUGCAUUUGGGAUUCAGGUACGAAGAUCCGAAUAACGGCCAACAUUUCAUGUCCGGCGGCUCCGGUUACGUUCUGACUAGAGAAGCCAUUCGGCGGUUCGUUGAAAUUGGCCUAGCUGGAAAUGAUAACUCAAUUAAAUUAAAUGGCAAUCAGACUAAUUCAACUUUAAUCAGCCCAUGCUCAAUCGGUCACCAAGGGCUAGAAGAUGUCAACUUAGGAAGUUGCUUGGAGAAACUGGGCGUGACAGCGGGAGAUUCGCGUGACGAGAACAAAGUCGAACGAUUCUUACCCUGGAGUCUGGAGGAUAUGAUUUGCGGCCACCGGAAGUACAAACCGGAAGACUAUUGGAUGUUGCGUGAAUGGUCAUUUUAUUAUCCACUCAAACAGGACAUGGAAUGUUGUUCACACUACGCAGUGGCCUUCCAUUAUGUUAAAGACUAUCAACUUAAAGUCUACGAGUAUCUCAUCUACAAAUUACGUCUUUAUUAAAACAUCAGAAAUCAC